AUGAAUGUGCUAUUCUGGAAUAUAAGAGGCAUGAAGAAGGCUAUUGCAAAAUUAGCCUUGAGUAACAUUCUGAAGGAGAAGUUCCCUGAAAUAAUCUGCAUUGCAAAACCUAUGGUUGAUGUCACUGCCUUCCCUAAGCUUUUCUUUAAUAGGCUGGGAUUUGAUAUCGACUUUAUCCAUAAUAACAUAUCAGACAAAGUUCCAAACCUGUGGCUGAUGUGGAAAAGAAAUAUUAGAAGACCGGACAUUGUGUCUGCGACCGACCAACAUAUUACCAUCUCUCUAGAAUGGCACAAAAAAAUUAUUAGAGUCUUUGUCGUCCAUGCGAGCUGCUUUCGAGCGAGAAGAAGAGAUCUUUGGGCAUCCUUGGCUGCCUCUGCGCCUGCUCAGACAACGCCUUGGCUUGUAGUUGGUGAUUUCAACGCCAUCUUGGCUUCAACUGAAAAGAGAGGUCCUAGAGCCUUUAAUUUGGGGGUUGCAGCUGAAUUUGGUAUUUUGGUGGACUCUUGCGAUCUCAUGGCCCUUCUUUCUCAGGGAAGCAGGUUCACUUGGACCAAUAAUAAGAGGAGAGGGAACAUGCAGGCCAGACUGGAUAGAAGCUUUUGCAAUAACGCCUGGGUUGAAUUUUUUCAUGAGGGAGUUCAGCAGGUUCUCCAGAAAAUUGGCUCAGAUCAUGCGCCAAUUUUUAUUUCUUCAGUUCUCGACGAAAAACUGAACAAUUGCCCCUUCAGAUUUCAUAGACACUGGGUGGAACACAAGGAUUUUUUAUCUGUGGUAAGUGCUUCAUGGAGCGGCUGGACUCUUAGCACCAACUUAUAUAGGGUUGCAGAGAAGCUUAAACGUCUUAAGGGCACCCUAAAGCUUUGGGAAAAAACUGAAUUUCCGAAUUUCAAUAUAGAGCUUGAUCAGGCAAAAAAGGAGAUGGAGGAGGUCCAAAAGAAAAUUGACGAAGAUGGUCUUGAUGAUUUUUAUUUGCUCAAGAGGCGGAUGCCAAAACAAGAUGAUGGCGCUAUCAUAUCAGAGCGAUCAGACCUGGAACACUGUAUGGUGGACUUUUUCACUAAUUUUCACAAAGCAGCGCCUGUGUCUGGGCAUCCCUUGAUCCUUGACUGCAUCCCCCGUGAAUUAUUGCAGCGAGAUAGAGACAUUUUGGACAGAGUCCCUUCAGAUUUGGAGAUCAAAGAGGUUGUCUGGAGCCUUGAUCCUGCUAGCUCUCCUGGCCCAGAUGGAUUCCCUGGUGAGUUCUUCAAGCACUGCUGGGAUAUUAUAGCAUAUGAUGUUUGCAACGCUAUUCGCUGCUUCUUUAUUUCUGGAAUCAUGCCUCAAGGGAUCAACAAUAAUUUUCUCUUAUUUAUCCCAAAGUCUGAAGGGGCUGACUCUUUGGAUAAAUUCCGGCCCUUGUGUAUGGAAAAUUUUAUUUGCAAAAUAAUUUCUAAAACUCUUGCUAUGAGACUGGCAAUCUUCCUUCCGAGAAUUAUUUCUUGCGAGCAAGGGGCCUUCCAAAGGGGGAAAAUAAUUCAUACAAAUAUAUACUUGGCUUCGGAUCUAGCUAAUAUGAUGUCGACUGCGACGAGAGGAGGAGGGAUGGGAGUUAAAAUCGACAUCAAGAAGGCCUUUGACACAAUUGAUUGGAGCUUUCUAUUCUCAGUCAUGAGGAAAUUUGGAUUCUCUGAAACCUGGAUUGGAUUGGUUCAUCAGUUGUUGGAUUCUGCAAAAAUCUCCAUUCUUCUGAACGGAGGACCGGUGGGUUACUUUAAUGUUGGUCGGGGGCUGAGGCAAGGUGACCCCUUAUCUCCUCUCUUAUUUGUUUUGGCUGAAGAGGUCCUGUGUAGAGGGCUCAAUAUGCUAAUCCGAGAGAAGAAAAUCAAACCCCUAAACGGCCCUUGUGGGAUGCCUACCCCUAGUCAUAUGUUGUUCGCCGACGACAUAUUCAUAUUCAUCAAUGCAUCUAUAAGGUACGUCAAGAAUCUUAAAUCCUUCUUAAUUAUGUAUGAAGAAUGCUCAGGUCAACACAUCAACUUGGAGAAGAGCAAGGUGUUUUUAGGGAACAUCUCUGCUGCUAGAAAGCUAAUAAUAGGAGAGACGAUGGGAAUCCCAAUUUGUAGUUUGCCCACUAAGUACUUGGGUGUGGAAAUUUUCAAAAGUAUAGUUAAGAAAGAAUUCCUCCUCCCUGUGAUGGACAAAGUUAAAGCGAGACUUGCGGGCUGGAAGGGAAGGCUGCUCUCUAUGGCAGGUAGAGUGGAGCUUGCCAGAACUGUGGUGACGAGCAUUCCCAUGCAUAGCUUCUCUGUAUACUGGUGGCCAUCUGAGCUCAUCAAGAUCAUGGAGAAGUGGAUUCGCAACUUCAUCUGGACUGGAGAUGUUGAUACGUGCAGAUCUAUCAUAGUAAGUUGGGAUCAGUGUUGCAAACCAAAAUCUGAGGGUGGUUUAGGUCUGCGCAGGUUGAGGGAGAUCAAUGAAGCCUUGCUGUCCAAGGCGGUUUGGAAGACGAAGCAUGAUGACGACCCAGCUUAUAGAUUUUUGAAAGCUCGCUUCACUAAAGCAGAUGGAUCUCUUCGGAAAGGCUAUAGGUCCUCUUCGAUAUGGACGGGUUUUCGGAAAUUAUGGGAGUUUGUCUCCUUAAACGAAAGAUGGAUCAUCGGGAAUGGAAGGAAAAUAAAUUUUUUAAAUGAUAGAUGGCUGGGGCCUAAGACUAUCGCUGAGCUUCUGGAGACAGAACAAAAUUCAGACAAAGCAUUCAGUGGUAAGGUUGAUCGAGUCAUUCAGAAUUGCGAAUGGAAUUUCUCCAAUUGCCAAUCGAGUACAAUGUCUGAAAUCAUCAACACCAUCAUGGAAAUCCCUCUUCCCCAAUCUGAGUUCGAAGAUAGGUGUGUUUGGAGCCCCAACACUGAUGGGAUUUUUUUGACAAAAUCAGCAUGGAAUACAAUUAGGAGGAAAAAGGACUCAAUCUCUUGGGAGGCGCUGAUCUGGUCUAAGAAAUUGCAACCGAGAAUUUCUAUCUUUGCGUGGAGAAUCAUGCAUGGCAAACUACCUACUGAUGCGGCGGUUAUGAAAAGAGGAAUCCCUAUGGCUUCUAGAUGCGACUUAUGCAGAAGCUCGAGCAAGGAUUUGGAUCAUAUUUUGGUCCAUUGUCAGUAUGCAGAGAGAGUUUGGAAUAUUGUCUGUGAAUGGUUUAAUAUUCCAAGUAGGAAGCAUGAGUCCCUUCAUGCUCUGGCUUUAUGGUGGAAAAGGAAAAUGAAGAUAGUUAAUCUAAAAGAGGUUUGGUCAAUCGCCUUUGCCAUUUCAGCUGAAAACAUUUGGAAAGAAAGGAAUGGGCGCCGCUUUGAAGAAAGGCAGAGACAACAAAGGCAUGUGAUUGAAAUGAUUAAGAACGACAUUAGAGAGACUAUUCCUAAUGUGAAAACAUCAAUCAAAUCCAUGAAUCAAAUUCUUUGUUGCAGGAGGCUGGGUCUGAACAUUCUUAGCGCGGGCAUUAAACCCCCCUGGAAGUUUAUUGGUGCAAACCGCUAA